AUGCUUAUGUUUGUUCUUUGCAUGGUUCGCUGCACAUAUAAACAAGGGGUAAUAUUUCAUGGGCCGCCUGGAACUGGAAAAACGCUUAUAGCACGAGCCAUAUCAAAAAUUGUCAAUGGAAAAUUACAGAUUGUAAGAGGGCCGGAAAUAUUCAGUCAUUUUAUGGGAUCAAGUGAAGGCAAGAUAAGAGAUAUUUUUAAUUCAGCCAUUAAUGAUCUUAAUGAAAAAGGUGUUGAGAGCCCUCUUCAUGUGAUAGUAUUUGAUGAGUUAGAUUCCAUUGCAAGGGCAAGAGGAACAAAUCCGUCUGACACAACAUGUGAUAGGGUUGUCAAUCAACUGUUAACGAUGAUUGACGGCUAUAGCGAGCUAAGCAAUGUUUUGCUUGUUGGGACAACAAACCAGCUAGAGUUGAUUGAUAAAGCACUGUUGAGGCCCGGAAGAUUUGAGUUGCAUAUGGCUAUAGGUCUUCCAAAUAAAGAUGGACGAAAGGAGAUUCUCAGGAUUAAUGUCAAAAGAUUACAGUGGAAAGGUGCAUUAAGUUCAAGUGUGAACCUUGAUGAGUUAGUUGAAAAAACAGAUGGAUUUAGUGGAGCUGAUCUUGCAGCGUUGAUACAAACAUCAUUUUUCCUCGCUGUGACUCGCGCUGUGCCACCAAAUAUAGCUGACACUGUUUGGACAGACACUAUAGUUGAACAGGAGGAUAUUGACAUAGCAUUUGCCACACUUCAACGUACAAAAAGAGGAGGGGUUGAGCAACCGCAGGCUUGA